UUUAUUUUCGCUUUUUAGUAAAUCGACUAACACUGGCCAUAUCUUCAUGACAACUUUAAACAGGAAAAUGAAACCUAUGUAAUAAUCUUUUGUCGUAAUUUAAAGAAGCUGUUUACAUAUAGAAGGCCAGCAGCAACACCCGUAGUGCGCUAAUGGCUGGACAGUUUAGUUAUGAGACACCCCAAGACUAUGAUACCCAAGUGCAGUUCCCAAAAGGUUUGGAUGCCCUGUGGGAAGCUGGUAUGGAGAGAGGAGGACUGUUAGACCCAUUUGUUGAUUCUCCAGUUAAUUGCAAGCACUGUUUUGGUGUUGCCAAGGAACCUUACAUACAAUGUAUGCAGUGUGAGAAGUCUAGAGACAAUGAUAAUGUUGUUAUAUGUGUGCCAUGUUUUGCUAAAGGAGCAGAGUUUGGGGUGCACAAAAAUGACCAUUCAUAUCUGGUUAUAAGAUCUGACUAUAGCCUUUUUGAGCCUAGUUGGCAAGCAAAGGAAGAAAGUAUGUUGAUAAAUGCAAUAAAUGAUUGUGGUAUUGGGAAUUGGCAGGAAGUGAGCUACCAUGUUCCAGACAAGUCUGCAGAACAGUGCAAGUCUCAUUAUAUAAAAUAUUAUAUUGAAAAUGCUCAUCCAGAAUUACCACAAUUGCAAGAAAGACAGUCAAUUGAUAUUGUACAUCCACAACCUGUUGUUUAUACAGGCGGCAUAGAUGAUCCACCACGACCACUCCCAGGAACAGCUGGAAGUCGUGAUAUGGCGGGGUAUAAUGCUGCUAGAGGAGACUUUGAUACAGAAUAUGAUAAUAAUGCUGAAGUGGAUAUUCAAGAUUUAGACUUCAUGCUAUUUGAAGAGGAUGAAAAGCCUUCUCUAGGCACAGAACUACAGGUUGCCCUUCUGGAUAUGUAUCGAAGAAGACUGGGAGAAAGGUAUAGACGAAAAAGGCUCAUAAGAAAUCAUGGUUUGAUAGCAGCGAGUAAAACUAUUAUAAGACUCAACCGAUAUCGACGAUGUGUCCCACAGAGCUUUGGUGAUGUUCUUCCCAAAUUUUUUAGUAUUAUUGGUUUUAUGGAAAUUAACUUGUUAUUAGAAGGUUUGAAAUGUGAAGCUGAAUUGAAACGGCAGAUCAGUGAUUUAAUGGAAUACAGAUCCAAUGGAAUCUCAAAACAAAUGGGUAUAAUGACAUAUGAAACACUGAAAAAAAACCGAGAGAUAAAUUUAAGGGAAAGGCGAAAUCUUGUAGUUUCAGAAAAUGAUGGAAUUGACAUAAAGUGGAAUAUUUUGAAUAAGAAUGUCACAAACCUCGAUACAGUUAUCCCAAGUUCUUCUCGUAGAGUCAGCAUCCCUCUCAAUAUAUCUGGGAAACCAGGUUAUGAAAAUCUCAGUGACAUUGAAAAACAAAUUGCUUCAGAACUCCGUUUAGUACCCGAAGAUUUUCUCAGGUUCAAGUCAUUAUUUGUUGAAGAAUGUCGGAAGUUGAAUGGCUUAAGAUUAGCACAGGCUAGAACCCUCAUCAAAAUAGAUGUUAAUAAGAUAAGAAAAAUAUAUGACUAUUUGUUGUCUGCUGGUCUUAUUCACACUCCGAGAAAGUGAUGAGUGUGCACUGUACUGUACUAUAAAUACCAUUAACAUCAUUGGUAUUUAAGACGUGAUAAAAGUAGUGAAAUUGAAACAAUAAUUUUUGAUAAAUUGUGACUUAAGUUUGACAAAAAUUUCUUUAAGUGACAGUUCUGUGUAUUAUAAAGGAAGAAAAUAUAAUAUUUUGAUACUGUAAUGUGUGUGGUGUAUCUCUGCCCCAUCUUAGUGUACUGUACUGUAUUUGUACAAUAAAUGUUUAUUUAUAUAGCAUUUCAUAUACAGUCUAUGUACAGUAACCAUGGAGUGUGAACUUUGUAUAUGAAAUAUUUCUUAGUACUGCACAAAGCUUAUGGAGAUUAUUGAUUUAUGUAUUUUGCUCCAUUAUUCUUUAACAUCCAGUGGUCUUCUUGCCUAAAAGUAUGGGAUGCAUAUUUAAUAUAAUUUACUGUACUACAAGUGUUGCAUGAUAGAUAUUGUGAAAACUCCACUUUUUAUGUACGUGGAAUGAUAAAAUUAAUUACUUC